GCAUACACACGCGAUUCUAUAUUAUAUCGAAUCGAUCGUAUGGAUGUGCUUUAUCUCGCACGUAAGGUGACUAAUGUAUUACAUAUUACAGAAUUCAUGCCACUUGAUCCGUUUGAUUUUUUCCGCCAUGCAACUACGAAAUUAAAAGGAAAUGAAAAUUACAGUAAUAGUGACAUUAUUAGUACAGAAUCAUGUCGCGUGUUAUGACGAAUGAGCGAUAAAGUGAGGGCCGUACGAUGGAGCACGGCCUCUCGCGUGCUACAUGCUUCGCAGUAAUGUGCGUUUCCGCGGCGAUAAGAUUGAUAAGAUCAAUUGAUAAGGUCAAAUGGUGGGAUUGCGGCUCGAGCUCGUUUACGCCCAAAGUAUCGGCGCGUUCAGUGAUAACUCUCGCUUAAACGUGUCGACACGCAAACUGUCAUUCGUGCUAUUUAAUUAUUUAUCGUAGCGUGAUAUCGUGGCAGCGAACUUGGUUUAAGAAAUAACAAUGCCUGGUUACAGAUGGACGAGAUGGCCGGCGCCCUACGCCGAUUCUCGCAUGCUGAUCUCGAUCGGCAGGGAUAUGGACGGCACGAAUCUCGUCGUAGGGCGCGCCAUGCACCACGGUGAUAUGCUACCGGCGAAAGUAAAGCCGGAUCAUGGCGUUGCUUAUGUAUGCUACGGAGGUGUCGAGCAUACGAAACAUGACUUUGAGGUGCUGAUGCCCGCCCAUUUCAAUUGGAUUCGAACGGGUCACGGCCACGUACCGGAACACGCGGUGGAGGCUGGGAAGACCGCGAACGGGGAGAUGCUCUACGUCGGCCGUACUUAUCACAACGGUAUACCGUGCGUUGGAAAGAUACAGAGAAGUCACGGUGUCAUGUACAUCCCGUUUGAUGGGAAGGAAAUACCGUACAAGGAGUACGAGGUCUUGGUACAAUGCUGAACCUUAUCUGCGAUCGCGUUUAGAAAUAUAUCGCAACGAGGUACUUUCGCUUAAAACUGAAACUUGAAAUUUUAAAAGAAUUUAUUAAAGAAUGGAUUAUCUAUUAAUUACGAAAAAAAGAUCCAGUCUGUAAAAAUUUCAAAGAGACUCAAAUGUUUUACAUUGUAUUUACAGAAGACAGAUACGUAGAAUUGAAACAUUUUAUUCAUAAUGUAUGUAUAUUGUUAUUUUACAUAUUUUUUUUAUUCAUUCGUAUGUGCGUGUGUAAUAUAUACUUUUUGGAAAUGAGAUAUAUUCACAAACAAUUACGCGAGCAGCGCAUUUUAAAUUGUAUCGUCGCGUCAAUUUAUGGAGGCUUCCGUGAGUUGAAGUUAGAUUAAAAUUUUAUAAAGUUGAGACGAGACUGAGAAUUGCGUUAUUAUCUAUCCUCAUUUAAUUUCUAUUAGUAUGCAGAGAAAAGUAAUUUAUUGAGCUUUAAAUUAAUGCGGAAGGAGAGUGCAUAACAAAACGUCGUCAUGCGACUACCGGCAAUAGCGUCGCUGUUUGCAUCUUUUUUUAUAAUCUGGAUCGUAACUACGGUACGUUAUAUAUGGCUCAAUCGCGAUUCUCGUUACGUUACUCAAUUUUUUUCAAUUUUACUUUUUGCGUCGAUGAAAGAUCGUGGACAACGAAUGAUUCAGCAAUACGGAGAAAUAUGAAUCAGAAAAAUAUCAUCAACUUCUUCGAAUUUUAUAAGAGGCCGUUUGUCAUUUUGCACGAAUGUAUUUGCGUUCCGUAAUUUUCAACGUAAAGAUACGGUAAACAUUAUGAUACCAAUGUCAAUUCAUUUUAUCUAUAGAUAAGACAUUGAUAAUUAUAAAAACGAACGAAAAAAAAAGGGAGAGAGUAUCUUAAGAUUAUAUAAUUCAAAGAAAUAAUUUAGAGAAUUAUUUAUUAAAAUGCCAUAAUUAUAAUUACAAUAUUAAUGUAUCAAAAAUAAUUUUAUAAAUAAUACUGAAAAAGAUAUAUGCUACAUUCGCCGUCGAUGAAGACUAUUUAUAGCUCAAUAUUAAAAUAAUAAAAAAUAGCUCUUUGCAUAUAAAA